AUGCUUGAAGCGGGAAGAAAGUUUAUGGAGAGCCAGACACAGCACGGCUAUUGGAUGGCAGGAGGCCUGGUGUCACCAACUGGCCUUCAUUCUCUGGACUUCCAUUUUCUCUUCUGCGACAUUCGAGGCAUUCUGCCUCAUGAUUUCUUGUCUGCUGUGGAAGAUGCAGAGAGCCAAUUUGCUGGCUCAGGGCCUGUGAAUGCUGGGUGCCUCAGACCCGUCUCUUCCAGGCCACAAGACACUGUGCAGGCACGGUCUUCUGGGCAGCUGCCAUCAUGCCCCCCUGCUUCCUCAGAGGCUGUGGACCUACCAGCCCUGGGACUCCGCCUUCCUACCUCCAGCAGGGCUCCAGCUUCCACAGGAACAGCCCGCCUAAGGCCUGCCUCCACUUCCAGCAACUGGACUAGCAAUCAGAGAAGAGUGACACUGACAGAAGUGCUCAAAGAACCAGCAAGACCACAGUCCUCGGCCUCACACCCCCUGCUUUCCUUUGAGAGCAAACAGCAGGUGAUAGGCGGCUUUGAGGGACCUGAGCAAGAUGAAUUUGAUGAGGUCCUGGCAAGCAUGGAACUGGAAGGGCCUGGCAUGGAGCUGGAACUUGGAGUUAACCGUGAGGCAACAGGAAUCCUGCCCACCGGGCAGCAGGAAGGCUCAACAUGGACUAAAAAGGCUCGGGUAGCUGACCUGAGCAGAUCUUGCCAAAAGGCCCCCAUGCCCGCCACCCACAUAACUGGUAUCACAUCAGCCCAGGGUCAGCCUCCAGAUCCUGUCGUCUGCUGUAGGACUCCGCAGCCCCACUUGAGGACUGGUGCCGUGGGUAACCUGCCUAUCCCAACUGCCUCAACACUUCCCGCUCAGCAAACCCACUGGGAAGUCUGCCAUAAAGCUUCUCCAGUUCGAGGACCCCAGCCUCUCCAAGCUCCUGGGAGGCCUGUUCAGAGCAGCCCUCAAAAUCGUGUCCCCAGUCAGCCAUUCCAAUCUCCAAAUGCCCACUUAAGUGGCAAACCUAAUUUUCCACGAACUCCCAACUCAAGCUGUUCUACUCUCUCAAGGACUGGCUCUGGAUUUUUCCCUCGGGGGCCCUUACAACCCCGAGCUCCACUGUCUUCCAUUGAGUCUCCUGUCAGCACCCCCAAGGGUCCCCAAGCAGCUCUGCAGACACCCAUAGUCACCAACCACCUGGUACAGUUGGUCACUGCUGCCAACCGGACACCCCAGCAGCCCACGCGCACUACCACCCGAGCCAAAACACGCCGCUUCCCUGGCCCAGCAGGGAUCCUACCUCACCAAUACAGCGGGAAAAACCUGGAGGAGAUCAUGGUUUCCACGCCCCAGACUCCGACUCAUGGUGCUCUGGCUAAAUUCCAGACAGAGAUUGUUACUAGUUCCCAGACAUCAGUGGAAGAGGAUUUUGGGCGAGGGCCCUGGCUGACCAUGAAAUCUGCUCUGGGCCUGGAUGAGAGAGACCCCGCCUGCUUCCUCUGUACCUACAGCAUCGUCAUGGUGCUGCGGAAGGCAGCCCUGAAGCAGCUUCCCAGGAACAAGGUCCCCAACAUGGCAGUGAUGAUCAAGUCCCUGACUCGGAGCACGAUGGACGCCAGUGUGGUUUUCAAGGACCCCACGGGAGAGAUGCAGGGCACGGUGCAUAGGUUGCUGCUUGAGACACGCCAGAAUGAGCUGAAGCCUGGCUCAGUGCUGCUGCUAAAGCAGAUUGGAGUGUUUUCUCCUUCGCUCCGAAACCACUACCUCAAUGUGACGCCCAACAACCUGGUCCAUAUUUAUAGCCCAGAUUCUGGGGAUGGGAGCUUCCUCAGGUCAUCUCAGCCCUUCCCCAAGGAUCCAGGUAGCUUCCAUGGCAGCUUCCAGCAGGAGCCUGCAAAGCCUGGGAAAGACCUCGGAACAGCACAGAGUCCAGAGGCAGGGGCAUUCCCACAAGAAGUACUCACAGAAGCAGAUGACCUGGAUGGACUCCUGAGUGAGCUCCCUGAGGACUUCUUCUGUGGAACCAGCACUUGGGACUGCCCGAAGGCAGGGCACCCACCAUGAGCAGGCAGCCUCUGAGCAUCAGGCAAGGCUCUGGUUGUGUCUGAUCAUGCCCAAGGGGAGGAAGACCGGCACGAAAGGAGAUUGGCAAAGCUCGGGACUUCUGUGGUCGCUCCCACCCUGGAUGCCUUCCCUAAGAACACCCUUGUCCCUUGGAAUCUGCACUGUCGUCACUUUGGGUCUUCGUUGGCGUACCAGAACCCGGGCCAAGACUGGCUCUCCUGCCCUGCUGUCUUCCAGGCCCUGGGCGCAUCGUUGUCCUGCCAACUGGGAAGGUGUGUCGCCCUCCCACCUCAUCUUCACUUUGCAGGACAUUGGACCUGCUUGGUCCCUUUACUCGUUAGUCUCUGUACAGCUGAGGAGCUGAGAGGAGCCACACCACAGCAGUGGCGAUCUGUCCCUGUGGGCAGGGAAGGAACACACUCAGACUUCCCUGUGCUUUGUCUCUGGAGGCCUAUAGCUGCCCAGCUUACCUGUGUCCACGGUUCACAGGUGCGGGGGAAGGGGUGUGGCUACGGUAUCUUGUUUGAAAUAAAGCAGCUGCCUGCCUCACCUGCCUCCCCCUGCCGUCCGCACC